GAAAGCCCGCUGGCGUUGCCCAGGCAGCUGCCGCGAUGGGAUCCCUGCUAUUCCCUAAGGAAUGAAUGCUUCACUGAGGAAGGAGACUUCCCCGUAAGGGUAUCAAUGAAGUCGGAAUCUAACACGGGAGACUUCCCCGUAAUGAUAUCAGUGAAAUCGGGAGUCAACAGGAACUUUCCGAUCACUGGGGAAGAUUCUUGCCUGCAGUAGGGAGCGGCCUGUAAAAUCAGACCAUGGCGUCAAGUCUCGUCCCCUAUAUCAAGAGGCCCUGACCCUGCUUUCCUCGUCUACCAGCAUUGUUUAUCAAAGUCUCAUCUAAGAACGCUACCAUGCCUGCCGACUCGCUGGCCACCCGAAUCGAAACGGAAAAACAAUGGGAGAAUGCCACCUCGACCCGUGGAUGCCCCGAUAUCUCAGUUUACGGGCUUAGGCAUUAUGCUUCCGCGUCAAAAAUCGGGGCCCCCCCAGUACCUUGCCCUCAGAGCUCUCUGGAAAUGCAACAAACGCACCUUGUUCCAGCCGUCUGACUGGAGGAUCCAGGGUGUAGCCAAGGCACGGAAAUCCCUGAAGGGCCUGGCCCACUGGGAAAAGUUCCUCCACGCAGUUCCCCUUGUGUUUUCUGAGGCUGACAUUCUGCCUGUUACUUCUGACCUUGGCGAUCUUAAGCUCAUAUGGUACUAUGGGCAGCUGAUUCGUUCUGCUCCUGCACAAGAUCGCCCCGACAACGAGGAUAAUGUGAGGUUCACUCCAAUCUCGAAACGCACAAAGUUUCAGGAAAAGCAGGUGGCCAAACAAGGCUCCGUUCUAGACACACCGACUCCUCUCCCAAAGGAGAUCGCGAUCACCAAUCUCUUAGGGCACUUCAGUCUUGAUGAAAAUCCGACUUCGGAUCCGAAAGAAACCCCAUCAACUGAUUUCUACCCAGAUUCUCCGGAGGAUGACCUACGUAGGGAUCCAACCUACGAGGACGGUUCCGAUGACUUUCCUCCAGUCUCUGAUGAAAACUUGGUAAACACCUACUUGCUUGGGCUCGCGAGUCUAGUAACCAUGUCGUCCGAGGGAGUCCAGGCUCAUUGGUCUCAACAACGCAAGGCGUACAAGGUUCGAAGUAAGGGAGCCAAGCUAUACGAGGCGCGCACUGACGGGCAUCUAUUCUUAACCGAGGGUAAGCAAACAAAAGCCAUUGUCGAGGUAAAAGCUAUGGCGAGAGAUGACUUGCCCACUGUGAGGAUGCAGGAAACUGCUGAAAUAGCAGCAUGGAUCCACGAAUGCCCCGAUGAGAUCCUUAAGGAUACUCCAAAAGAUAAAGUUUUUCGCCGCUUGUUGUUCUCGGAGAACCGACAUGAGAUCUACCUCAUCAUCGCAGAAUACAGUGCCAACUAUGUUGACCAGCUCACUAACCCAAAUCACGCAUCCAAAUCCAAGUCAUUUCUAACGAUGAAUGAAUAUGGACCGUGGGAUAUUGGAGUUAGAGAUGAUGUGGAGGACAUCGCCUCGGUAAUGUUAGCAGUGACUUUGCAAUUCAGUAAAGGAUUGCCACUUAUCUAGCCUUCUCGUGGUGCAAAGUUUUGGUAGGUCCUACAGUCCCUCCCAGGGCUUCCAAACC